GGCGAGCGCGGCGGGGCCAGCGGGCCGAUCGGGCGGAGGCCAAGCACAGCCGACGGUUCGAGGCAUCGCGGAGCUGGGGUCGGCGCGGCGCCGAGGCAGGAGAGCGAGCGGGGCCCCUGCCCAGGAGGCGGGGGUGGGAGGCCCGAGGGGGGCACAGGGCCUGGAGCUGAGCCAGGAGCCCUCGCCACCGGGCAGGCCCUGGGAGCCCGGGGGAGGGGGAGCAGAGUGAUCCCAAAGGGACUGAGUCCCUUCCGGGUCCCAAGUGCCCUGUGAAGCCCAGGCUACCUUGCCCCUGUUUUCUGAGCCUCAGUGAGGACCACAGCUCCUUGUACUGAACCCAGUGGGGACUCUCCGUGCCCCUUCUGAGCAGCUGGUGUACCCCAGACUUGCUUUCUGGACUCCACCCUGUCUCCCCGCCCUGGGUCCCCUUUCCCAGCCUCAGCGGAGAGCUUCUAGCUUCUUGACUCUCUUCUGAGCAACUAGGAAGAUUCCCUUUCCCUUUUGCUGAAUUCCAGGGGACCCCUAGAACUCCUCUGAAUCCCAGCCAGGACUCUGCUAAUCAGCUGUGAAUACUGGGGAUCCCUUGCUUCUCUGAGACCCUUUCCUAUCUAUUCCCCCAAGGGUCCCGGGUCCUCUCUUCUCAAACCCUGAGCCCAGAGGACCCCAGGUUACAUCUUCCCUCAAACACACGCAGGGCUCAGCUCCCCUUUCUAGGCCCUAGUGGAGACCCCCGAGGAGUGCCUCCAAGCUUGGGUGGGCACUCGGUUCUCCUUCCUCUGGAGCCCCCAGGCCCCCUCCUGGUUAGGUGAGCCUCAGGGCGCUGGUCUUCUCUGGGCCUCCUCCUCUUCGUUGAGUUCUUGUGGGCAGCCCAGGCUCCUCCUGCGAGGCGUCCCCAACCUGGGGUCUAGUGUUCUCGACUUCUGAGCCCCGGAGGACACCUGACUCCACCAUUUGAGGCUGGGCUCUCCCUCUUUCGUCAUCCAGCACCCACUGAGCCCCGGCUGCCUUCAAGCUUCCAGGCUGCGCUGGGCCCCUCCUCCUCCCGCCCCUCAGGACCCCUCCUCAGCUCUGCCUGCUUGGACCCGCCAGAGCCCCAUCUCCAGCCAGGAUGAUGAUGUGGUCCAACUUCUUCAUGCAAGAGGAGGACCGGCGGCGGGCCGCUGCAGGCCGGCGGCGCGCCCAGGUGCAGCAGGGUGUCCUCCUGACGCCCGAGCAAGAGGGGAAGAUCAAGCUGGUGCUGCUGCUGGUCACCGUGGGCGCCACGAUGGCCGUGCUGGCCGUGGGCACCGAGUUCUGGGUGGAGCUCAACGCCUACAAAGCCAACAGCAGUGCUGUCUGCGAAGCCGCCCACCUGGGGCUGUGGAAGGUGUGCACCAAGCGGCUGUGGCUGGCGGACGUGCCCGCGGGCCGGGAGACCUGCGGCCCUGCCGAGCUGCCUGGAGAAGCAAACUGCACCUACUUUAAAUUCUUCACCACGGGGGAGAACGCACGCAUCUUCCAGAGAAUCACCAAGAAAGAGGUGAACAUAGCGGCUGCGGUGAUAGCAGUGCUGGGCCUGGCAGUCAUGGCCUUGGGCUGUCUCUGUAUCAUCAUGGUGCUCAGUAAAGGUGCCGAGUUCCUGCUCCGGGUUGGAGCUGUCUGCUUUGUCCUCUCAGGCCUGCUGCUCCUGGUCAGCCUGGAGGUGUUCCGGCACGCGGUGCGGGCGCUGCUGCAGGGCCCCGAGCCUGCCUCGGCCCCGCGCCUGGCCUACGAGUACUCCUGGUCCCUGGGCUGCGGCGCGGGGGCCGGCCUGAUCCUGCUGCUGGGCGGCGGCUGCUUCCUGCUGCUCUCCCUGCCUUCCUGGCCCUGGGAGUCGCUGUGCCCCAAGCGAGGGCACAGGGCCGCCUAGCGCCUCAGCCUUGCCGCCAGGCCUGCGCGGCCUUCCUGCCUCCCUGUGCGUCCCUCCCAGCCUCGCCAUCUCUGGGAGGACUGCGCUCCCUGCGCCGGGCGCACCUCCACCCGCCCCAAAUGCCUUCUCUGUAAAUACGCUUUUCCGGUGGCUGAAUUUGGGGCUCGUGGGGGCGGGGCAGGAAGAGGCUUUCUGCAAAGGAGGGUUCCCUGGGGAAGCUGGCGACCUGACGGAGAGACUGGGGCUGGGGUGGGCGAUGGGGCCGGGGUCCCGUGGGGACUA